GUUGAUGACGCAGUCAAAAGGCGACCAACACGUUCCCUCCCACCGAGUAACUGCUUGACUUUAUAGUAUUAUUACCUAAAUUGUUUACCUGAAACACUUAUCCACUUGUGGAAAGCAAAAGUGGUUAUGGCUGCUCCGUUGAAAGUAUGUAUUGUUGGUUCAGGAAACUGGGGUUCUGCAAUUGCAAGAAUUAUUGGCACCAAUGCACAGAAACUCCAGUGCUUUGCCAACACAGUCAAGAUGUGGGUUUAUGAAGAAAUGGUCAACGAGAAAAAGCUCUCUGAGAUCAUCAACACAGAACACGAGAAUGUCAAGUACCUUCCAGGCUACAAACUCCCAGAGAAUGUGGUUGCGGUGCCGCAGCUUCGGGAAGCCGCAGAAGGAGCCGACCUCCUGGUUUUCGUUGUCCCUCAUCAAUUUAUCCGGAAACUGUGCGAUGAGUUGGUUGGCUGUGUUUCGGAUAAGGCUCGUGGAAUUACAUUAAUCAAAGGCAUUGAUGAAGGACCAGAAGGAUUGAAGCUCAUCUCUGAUAUCAUUCGGGAAAAAAUGGACAUUGAUGUCAGUGUCCUAAUGGGGGCCAACAUUGCCAAUGAAGUGGCAGCUGAGUUGUUCUGCGAGAGCACCAUUGGCAGCAAGGUGUUGGAGAACGGGCUCUUGUUCAAAGAGCUCCUGCAGACGCCUAACUUCAGAAUCACUGUGGUGGAUGAUGCUGACACAGUAGAGCUCUGUGGAGCCCUCAAGAACAUUGUUGCAGUGGGCGCAGGCUUCUGUGAUGGUCUGCAGUGUGGAGACAACACUAAAGCAGCUGUCAUUCGUCUGGGAUUGAUGGAGAUGAUCGCUUUUGCCAAACUCUUCAGCAAAGACGGUUCUGUAUCCUCUGCCACAUUCCUCGAGAGCUGUGGCGUAGCUGACCUCAUCACCACCUGCUACGGAGGAAGAAACCGGCGCGUGGCAGAGGCUUUUGCCAGGACAGGGAAGAGCAUCGAGGAACUAGAGAAGGAGAUGUUAAAUGGACAAAAGCUUCAGGGACCAUUGACUUCUACUGAGGUCUAUCAUAUCCUCAAACAGAAGGGCCUGGUGGAUAAGUUCCCCCUUUUCACGGCUGUUUAUCAGAUCUGUUUCGAGGGCAAACCAGUUCCGGACAUGAUCACCUGCCUGCAAAGCCAUCCAGAGCACCUGUGAGAGUACCACAGUUUCCCCUUCUCCACCGUCAUCUCUUAUGUUCCGUUAGGUGGUCCUACCUCCAACAUCUUUUUAUUUUUACUCCAUAUACUCCUAGAAUGUUCUAUUUUAAAGUUCUCUCUUUAUCCCAGGUCCAGUUCUACACUAAAGCUUAGGCUUGAACUCAGGGGUUUGUUUCCAACCUAGCAGGUUUUGAUGUUAUCAUACAUGACAAUGUACUCAAAGAGGUUUUUCAGAAAAGCCAGGUGUUGUUAUCUGUCCUGUUUGAACCUUUUUUCUCUGUCUGACUGCCCUCUUGUGGAUGGUCCACAAUAUCACCUCACUGACAGA